UGUUCGUCCCUGGGAAUUGUGGCAGAUGGAGCUCUUUUAGGACGUAACCUAAGAGUAGAUUAGUAGGGGAUCCGGUCCCAUAAAUACAGCUCACUCCGGGAUCCUGUUUCUGGAUUUUUCCCACCAUGAAGCUCAUCCUGUGGUUUGGAGUUUUGCUCGGGGUCGCCUGGAGCCUGGAAACGUUUGAAGGACAUCAGGUGCUCAGAAUCAGGGCUGCUGAUGGAGCUCAGGUGGAGACGUUGAAGGAGCUGGAAGCUCUGGAGAAUCUUCAGCUGGAUUUCUGGCGAGCACCGGCUCAUCCCGACCUCCCCAUAGAUGUCCGCGUGCCCUUCCACAGCCUUCAAGGGGUCAAGGCCUUCCUGGAGACCAAUGACAUCCAAUACUCCAUCAUGAUCGUCAACCUUCAGAAACUGAUUGAGGAGGAGAGGAGUCAAAUGAUGCGCCAACGACAAGUCCAAGAGUUGUCACUCACCAAUUUUAACUUCGCUGCUUACCACGACUUGGAUACAAUCUAUAGCUUCAUGGACCUUUUGGUGCGCACGAAACCCCUCCUGGUCAGCAAGAUUGAGAUUGGCCAGACAACCGAAGGACGUCCAAUCAAUGUCUUGAAGUUCAGCACCGGGGGAACCAACCGGCCAGCGAUCUGGAUUGACACCGGCAUCCAUUCCCGCGAGUGGGUCACUCAAGCCAGCGGAAUUUGGUUUGCAAAGAAGAUCUUUGAAGAAGUCGGGAAGGAUCCUUCUCUCACACAUCACGAACCAGUUCGAUAUCUCUUAGAGAUCGUCACCAAUCCGGAUGGUUAUGCCUACACCCACGCCAAGAACCGUAUGUGGCGUAAGACCAGAUCGAAGAUAGCGGGAUCCACUUGCAUCGGAGUCGACCCAACCGAAUUGGCAGCAGGCUUGGAGGUAAAACAUUGGUGGGGGUGGGGGGGACUGGGCAGCUUCAUCAACGAGAAGAAGUCGCGGGAACCCUGCUCCGAAACCUACCGCGGGCUUAUGCGGAGUCUGAACCGGAGGUGAAAAGCCAUUGCGGAUUUUGUGCGUCAACACGGCAACAUCAAGGCCUUCGUCUCCACCAGUUACUCCCAGAUGCUCCUCUACCCUUAUGGUUACACCACGGAGAAAGCGGCAGAUCACAGGAGCUGGAUGCUCUGGCCUAAGAAGGCCGUCGCUGCUCUGGAGUCCCACGGAACCAAGUACAGAUACGGCGACAUCAUCACACCAUCUGUAAACAAAGCAGACGGAGGCACGGUUGACUGGACCUACGACCAAGGCAUUAAGUACUCCUACACCUUUGAGCUGAGAGACAAGGGCCGAUACGGGUUCCCUCCGGCUAACCAGAUCAUUCCCACGGCAGAGGAGACCUGGCUUGCCCUGAUGGCCAUCAUGGAGCACACGCGGGACCACCCCUACAAGCCGGAGGGGCCGGGCUUACGGCGACGGUCCUUGCCCCAGGCCGCCUGGCCCUCAGCCCGCAUUUGGGAUUCACCCGGGGGCGCCUCCUGCCUGAUUCUUACCAAUAGCCCCUUUGCACAUCAUCGGCUCCUGCUGCAUUUCUGCUGCCGGUAGUAAUGGCAGUGCGGCAGAACCUGGGGUGGAGUCAAAGGAGGGAUCAGCCUAGCAUCCCUACAUAGUCACAAGCGAAUGAAAUCUACCCUCCCUGGAAUUCCACUGGCCCUGAGAUCUAACUCCCGGCAGGCGCUGAUAGUUGAGAAGAUUCCUGUGCGUCUUCAGCAAUAAGUAGUUCU